ACUCGUGUUGCCUUGGAAACGAGAAGCUUGUUGGUCUCAAACAACAGCAAAGAAAACGAUUAAAACUACAACAAACAAGAAAAAUUGCUUUUUAUUACAAGAAGCAGCUCAUUACCGACUCCACAAACUCAUAAACGACAAAAAACACAUCGCAAAGCGCUGUUAAGUGUGUAUUUUUAUCGUUUUUGACACGAUCUCGGACAGAUGAGCAGGUUAUUAUGUGUUGGCAGCUCCUCAAAACUCCCAGCAAAGGGUGGAGUACCUGUGAAAGUAGGAGUCCUCAGCUCAAGAGAACCACCAAUAAACAAAUCAGGUCACUCAAAACCCAGGUCACCUAAAUCGCAGUCAAGCACACAGCCAGAGGGGAAGCAACCUUCAGUAAUUUCUGAUAGAGGACAGGUAAAAGUCAACUCCAGCAGGAGCGAAGCAGGUGCUGUUUUACAGGCUCCGUCCCAAGCAGACGAAACCACGCAUGGAGAAAAAAAAUUAGCAAAACAUGCGUCUCCUGUUGGUGCAGAAGUACAGAUUGUUAGUGCAGAGUUUGUGGAGAAGAUGCACCAGGAUGGACCUAUACUGAAGGUGCCCCAAUACCUAGGCGUGCUAGAAUGUCAAAAUAGUCAGGGCACAAGUGAGGAAGAGAGUGGAGAUGAUGAAGAGUGCAGAGAAGAUGAAGAAACAGCUGAACAUCGUGCUCCCAUUGAGCUGCUUGCGGAGUUCCUAAAGGCUGUGAUGGGAAAGGAUUACCCUCUUGCAAAGAAACUCUGUCAAAUGAUUCUUAUUUAUGAACCAGAAAACCUAGAGGCUAAGCACUUUCUCCCCCUGAUUGAAGAGAGGAUACUGAUAGAAGAAGCACAGGAAGGAUCUAGCAGUGAAGACAAAUCUGAUGAAACUGAUGAAGAGAGCACCGAUGAUGACGGUGAUGAUGAUGACGACGAUGAUGAUGAUGAAGACUCAAGCAGCUGUGAUUCUGAUGAAGAGCUCACUGGCAGUAAUUCAUCAUCAUCUGAUGAAAAGGAAGAACACAUCAGCGAGUGCAGCAGAGCACCUCUUCCUCCACAGCUGUGAAGACUGUGCAGUUAUGAGUAUUUUGUAAUCAGCUUUUUGGG